CUUCAGCAGCUGUAGCUUGCCGUGUUUUAGGCAUGGGGACACUUUUAGAGGGAUGUGCAGGGUGGCCUGGGGACCAGCCACCUCCGUCUGACCAUGGAAUGCAGAUGCCUUCUUUCUGCUCUUGGGCUGCUGCUGUGCCCUGUCACCCCCAGGAUGGCAACUGUGAACAUUUUUGCUUUCACCUUUAACCCUCAGGGGCAGAAGUGUUUUCUGCUGCCCCAGAUGAAGAACAGGGAUUUUGCUGCUGUGAUCAUCCUGUACCAGCUGCAGCCUUUGCACUGAGAUGCCCAAGAGGAAAUCCUCCUGGAGCAAGGUGGCUCUGCCUCCCUCAGCUGCGCUGACACAGGAAGUCUGGCAUGAACACCACUCCAGAGGUGAGGAAGUCCUGCAGGUCCUCGUCCUCCUCGUGGAUCCGGAUUGGGAAUCAGCAUGCGUGUGUAAUUCAAGAGGAGGUAUUUUGGAAAUAUUUGCUGUGUCUCAGGGGAUUGUAGGAAUACGAGGAGUUUUCAGCAACAAAUUUUUAGCGAUGUCAAAAAAAGGAAAACUCCAUGCAAGUGCUCGCUUCACGGUGGACUGCCACUUCCGAGAGCGCUUCCAGGAGAACAGCUACAACACCUACGCCUCAGCCGUGCACCGCAGCCCGCGCUCGGGCCGCCCGUGGUAUGUGGCGCUCAACAAGCGCGGCAAGGCCAAGCGUGGCUGCAGCCCCCGUGCCCGGCCCCAGCACGUCUCCACGCACUUCUUGCCCCGCUUCUGGCAGCCGCAGCCCCCCGAGCUCGCCUUCACCGUCGCCCUCCCUGAGAAGAAGCCCCCGCUGCCCAAGCCCAAGGUGGCUCCGUCGCCGCCUCGCCGGAGCCCUGGCAAGUACCGGCUGAAGUUCCGCUUCGGGUAGGGCAGCAGCGGGGCUGAGCCUGCGGGGACCGUGUCUCCCUCGGCACAUGGACACCGGGGAGCUCCCGGGCGGCCGGCCUGGCCUUGAGGUCUGCUCUGCACCGCACAGGCCCCGAGGGAGUGGCUCGGGCUUGCCAAAGAGGAUUGCUGCGGUGAGCUGAGAGCGCUGGACAGACCUCGGGUUAGCGUUCUGUCGCUGGGAGAAGUAGGAAGGCACCUCUACAGCCAACAUCUUUUCCUACCUUAUUUUCACUAGUGACUCCUUUGACAAUCAUCUUCACACGAGAGAGAUGUUCAGAGCCAAGCGGUUUUGUUUGUUUUUCUUGCAUCUCCUUCUUGCUGCACUUUUUCCUCCGACCAUACCUCAGGCACCGUACAUCCAGGUCUGUCCCUUUCCCUUCUCCUGGAAGCCAGCUCUUCCCUUCCACAGAUUAAACCCGGAGACCGAGCCCUGCAGACUCUGUCGCCUUACCUGUGCUGCGCGGCGGUCCUUAACCCUUUGUUGGCAAUAACAGACGUGUGGGUCUAUUUUGUGGGGGUCGCAGGCCGGGUGGCUCUUUGCAGCCCGCUCCCGGCACUCUCUCCCGUUCUUCCCUGGACAGCUGGAGGAGCGAGUCUCCUGCUGUCCGUCUGAGUAUGGAUUUGAUGCCUGCUUUAAAAUACCUCUGCCCUGGUGCCGGGGCAUUCCCGCUCCCUGGAGGAGUCCCCCCGCAGGUAUCCCCACAGGACAGGGAUGCCUGUGGCCCCCAGGUGCCCACCAGUUUUAUCCAAUGGUUUUUGCUGCUGAUUUAUUUUACCACUCUCAAUACAUUUGCAGAGGCAGGGAGCAAGGUUUUUGUUUCUCAGUGAGCGUGGCGAUGUGGCAAUAAAUGCUGUUACAGCUGCUUGUCCCCUGGGGAGUGUUUCUCCCACCCUGGCGGCCCAGAUGUGGAAUUGUUUCUCCAUCGUGGUGUGAUGUGUGGAGGAGCUGUGCACACGGAGCUGGCAGUGGGUGCUUAGCAGUGCUGCUGUAUGCACAGGCACUGGUAGCAUUGAACCUCACCGGUGAAGCCUUAACAGGAGCUCAGGUUGGCAGAGCCCCUCAGGACCUGAGCCCUGCCAGCGUCCAGCAGCAAUAAUUAGCCUCCUCUCUGCAUCUGAUUGUGGUACAAAUGGCUUGGGAUCAUGGGCUUCCUACACUGGGAUCGUGGUUCUUUGCCUUUGCCAUCCUCUGGCAGCCCCUGGCCGGACACGUGUGCUCCACGUGUGAGGAUGGAUAGGGACACUGGAAUAAAACUAUUGUGUUUC